AUGGCCAAAUCCAAACUAUUUUCCUUUCAUAAGUCGGCGACUGUGUCAGACGACAAAGAGAUCGCUAGAGACAUUGAUUUAUCUCCAAAACAUCGACUAUUUUCAUUUCAUAACCAACCUCUGGGCCCAUUAAAAAUUUCCAAUCCCAAUAUUCAGGAACAAAGUUCAACACUCAAGGCAAAUGUUAUUGUGAUCGUUAAGUAUGACUUCAAAGCCGAAAGGCAUGAUGAAUUAUCCGUGAACAAGGGAAUGUUAUUGAAGUUAGUAGACAGGAUAGGAAAUGGGUGGAUUUUGGUAAAAUUCAUGGAAAGGGUUCAUGAGCCAGGUUUAAUCCCGUCUUCGUAUGUUGAUAUUGCUAUUAAUGACCCCACUCAUCCUUUAACCUUAAGUUGGUUGAGAGGACAACCUCCCAAUAUAUUUGACGACAACGAUUUCCUUGAUGUACAGUUGAAUAAGUCUACCACACAAUUCCUUACUAUAAACAACAAGCCUUUCCCGGUUCAUGCCUCGAUUUCAAACUUUUUGUCUUAUAAGGGGAAGUAUUGGUAUAGACUAGACGUUGCUUAUUCCGAUCAUUCAAAAAGAUUCCUCUGUAGGUAUUAUCAAGAUUUUUAUAAUUUACAUAUCAACUUAUCGGCAUUUGCCAACAGAACUAAACCACCCGAGGAACAUAAAGAUGCUCUUCAUUUGCCAAAAUUACCUGAACCAAUUCCUAUUUCGGAAAAUCAGAAUGCCCAUGAAAUCACCGAAAUGUUGAAAAGGUGUAAUUCUUUGAACAUAUAUAUAAAUAAACUCAUCUUGAAUAAAUACUACAGGAUGUGUCCUCAAUUAAUGGCAUGGCUAGAGGUUGAAUAUGGGUCACUACCAGGAUUUAAAGUCGAUACCGAGAAUGAUGUACUGGAUUUUACUGAUACUGAGAUCAAUGAGAAAAUCCUUCCAGAGUCUAUUAACGUGGUAGAGGAAUAUAGGAAAUCGUUGAAGAUACCAGAAGAAGAGCUGGCAUCGGAGGCUCCAGCAGUAACAACUCCAGUAAGAAAAGCUUCAAAAAAUAUGUAUAACAACCAUGAACAAGCUUCUCGAAUUCGAAUAAGUCCACAUUGGGGGAAUCCGAACCCAGGAGAUAAAUUCAACCGCCUGAAAGGAUCGGUUGAAAAUUCGGCAAGUAAGCAUAAGUUCCUACUGACCUUACUUCCAGGUCUGAGUACUGCAGAACCCCAGAAAAUUGGUCUGAUUGUCAGAAGUAACUCUGAGUUUUCCUUAAGAGGAAGUCCUCAGAAGCAUUCGCAGAAGGAUGGCUCUAAGACGUUGGCAUCUCCGAUUUCUAUUUCCAAUCCUGCUUUCCCAAAUGAAGGAGGAUUGAAGAGGAGUACUACUAUAUCUUCUUCGCUUGGAUCUAGUCACACUUCGCCAACUCGAACUAUCAAACGAUCCCUAAGCAAUGGUUCGACAAGAGUAAGGGAUUUACAGACGGAUUUGAAUAGGAAGCUAGAAGGCAUGGCUUCAACUCCAGUUUCGGAAUCUUCUAGUUUCAAGAUCAAUGAUGAUAAGGUUCUGUAUAUUAAAUGUAAGGUGUCAAAUCAGGAUAAUGACAUCAUUGCUGUAAAAUUUAUCAAAAAAGAAAUAAAGUCUACUGAAGAUUUGAAAAGACUUGUAAGAAGGAGAAUGUAUUUUACUGAUAUGUUCAUAAAAUUGCCAAACACUUCUGAGUUUAUAAAUCUCGAAGAUGAUAGAUUCAAUUUUACUGAAUUCUUGAAGGAAAAUGACAAGUUGAUUUUAAGAACAUUUUAA